CUUUAAAAGAGGAAGAGAGGCCGAGAAAGGGGGAGGGGGACAGUGUUUCACUUUAAGAGCCGCUGGGCGCCUAGACACAAGGAGGGGACCGCGGCAACUAGAACCCCCGCAGCGGCGCGUCCGGACCGGUUUGGAGACGCUCUGAGAGCGCUGGGCCGUUUCUGCACGAAGUUGGCUCCAGCUCUAGCAGCCGCAUUGGAUCCCACAGCCUACUGCGAGACUCCGGUGUACAAUCCGGAUCUCUGCCCCAACAUGAUCGCGGCCCAGGCCAAGCUGGUGUACCAUCUGAACAAAUACUACAACGAAAAAUGCCAAGCCAGGAAAGCUGCCAUUGCUAAAACUAUCCGGGAAGUCUGCAAAGUCGUAUCCGACGUGCUGAAAGAAGUGGAAGUGCAGGAGCCCCGCUUUAUCAGCUCCCUCAACGAAAUGGACAACCGCUAUGAGGGCUUGGAGGUCAUCUCCCCCACCGAAUUUGAGGUGGUGCUUUACCUUAACCAAAUGGGGGUUUUUAACUUUGUGGAUGACGGCUCGCUGCCCGGCUGCGCGGUGCUGAAGUUGAGCGACGGGCGCAAAAGGAGCAUGUCCCUCUGGGUGGAAUUCAUUACCGCCUCCGGCUACCUCUCGGCGCGCAAAAUCCGGUCCAGGUUUCAGACGUUGGUGGCUCAAGCAGUGGACAAAUGUAGCUACAGGGAUGUGGUAAAGAUGGUGGCAGACACCAGCGAAGUGAAACUGCGAAUCCGAGAUCGGUACGUGGUGCAGAUCACCCCUGCAUUUAAAUGCACCGGGAUCUGGCCGAGGAGUGCUGCCCACUGGCCACUUCCCCACAUCCCCUGGCCCGGACCCAACCGGGUGGCGGAGGUCAAAGCCGAAGGGUUCAAUCUCUUGUCCAAGGAGUGCCACUCCCUGGCCGGCAAGCAGAGCUCGGCGGAGAGCGACGCCUGGGUGCUGCAAUUCGCGGAAGCGGAGAACAGACUGCAGAUGGGGGGCUGCAGAAAGAAAUGCCUGUCCAUCCUCAAAACCUUACGGGACCGCCACUUGGAACUGCCUGGCCAGCCCCUGAACAAUUACCACAUGAAGACUCUGGUUUCCUAUGAGUGUGAAAAGCAUCCCCGGGAGUCCGACUGGGACGAGUCUUGCCUGGGCGAUCGGCUCAAUGGCAUUUUGCUGCAACUUAUCUCCUGUCUGCAGUGCCGGCGGUGCCCUCACUACUUCCUACCUAACCUAGACCUGUUUCAAGGCAAACCUCACUCGGCUCUAGAGAACGCUGCCAAACAAACGUGGCGACUGGCAAGAGAGAUCCUGACCAACCCAAAAAGUUUGGAAAAACUUUAGAGAACAGCCGAAACGUUACUACUCUUCUCAAAAUCCUAAUUAAGUGUACACUUCCUGUUCGAUACCUAAUAUACCACUUGACAGUGCAAACAAUCUCUUCCUUAAAAAGGAAUAAUACAAUGCUUAGGCAUUCUCACCCACCCCUCCAAGGGGAGAAAAACAGUGGGGAAAGCAGAUAAAGGAAAACCCCAGCCCACAAGUAUUAGAGACUUCUUUACAAAGGAUUUCAUAAUUCUCUUGGAAAGUACACAAUGACACCCUGAAAACAACCCAGCUGUAAUGCAAGACCACAGGGAACACUCUGCCUAACUAUCAAAGGAUUAUAGCAAUCCUGGUGACUUAGGUGCAUCUGCUGUGAGUAAACACGAUUUGGAUAUGCCAUCUGAAGGAAAGUGAAAUGUAUAUUUUUAUUUGUAACAAAUAUUGUGAUCUCACAUUGUCUUUGAAGUGUGGAUGUUUGUGUUUUGUGAUUUGGUGAACAGAAGUUAAAUUGCCAUUUUGGAUACUUCCAGACAUUUUCCUCUAACAAAGAUACCAUUUAAAGGUAGAUUUCCUCCCAAU